AUGGAGGAGGCUGCAGCGGCGGAGCUUGAGAGACUCCAAAUCGAAAUUCUCCGUAGAAUCUCUAUCCUCGAGAGCUCUUUCCUCCCAAAGAGCUCCUCGGCUUCGUCGCCUUCUCUACCGGAUGAUGAAAGCGAAACGGUGUCUCGCCUCUCCGCCAUUCUCCGGUCCGGCGGCGUUAAAGAUUUCUGCUUCAAGAGAGUUGCUUCCGAUUACUACGACUGGUCUCUCGAAUCCCGCCGCGACGUUCUCGGCGCUUCCUCCGUCGACCAUCUAUGCAAGAGCAUCGUUCUGGUUAAUACCCAAGCUUCAUCAAAUAUUUUGGACUGCAGUGAUCGCAACAACUCAAAAUACUAUGUCGUUGUUGUUCAGUACUCUGCCAGAUUAAACGCUGAUGCAGUGAAGAACUUUCUCUAUUCACUAAACGAGGGCAAGAUCCCAAAGAAAAGAUUUAAUCUGAGGCUUGCUCCUGAGGAGACGUCAAAUAUAUUGACCGGGUUUGAACGCAAUGCGGUAACCUGUAUAGGUAUGAAGACAAACAUACCGGUGAUAUUGGAUGAGGCCAUAACCAAACUUAGACCGGACUUCUUCUGGUUAGGCGGUGGGGAGAUCGAUCUGAAGCUCGGCGUCAGGACAUCUGAGUUCCUUGAUAUUGUGAAACCAUUCAUCGUUCCUUGCAGCUGA